CUCGCCAUAAACUAUUCCAAGGUAUAAAGCUGUGCAUCCUUUUAAGGUAUGUACAAACUUAUUAUCUAGUACGAGCGCAAACACCAGUAGAUUCCCUUACUUAUUACUAAGGGAAACGAUCGUUGGUUUUAUGCGAUGCAUUUGAAAAUGCUAUUUGCAGCGGAUGAGACGAAGAAAAGAGCGGGAUUGCGUACUACUACAGUAUAUGUUUUCUCUUUGGUUUUGAAAGCCUUUUCCUUUCUGUGUCACAUGCACUCUGCUAGACAGAGCGAUACCGAGAGAGUGAAUCCUUGGGUGCACCAUUACAAACCUUUUAUUUUCCUUUUCAGUGAUUCUCUUCGACACAACAAGCCAUCUUCAAUGAGAUAAAUUGCAAUGGAGCCCACAGAGAAACAUACAGGAACUGUAUGUUGGUUGCACGGCUUGGGUGACUCUGGUGCGGAUUGGUUAUAUCUCGUCGAGGGAAUAGCACCUCCCUUUCCCUCAUAUCACAUAGAUUUUUCCCACUGCGCAAGUUUCUACUAUGUACAUUAAUCGCUACUCCUGCAUGAACGUAGCAGUAUUAGAACACAUGACAUGAAAAAUUAUGUACACAUGCAGUCAACGAGCUUAUUCAAGCCGGAAUUGACAGCGGCACCCCUUCAGAUCGUAUUAUUUUGUGCGCCUUCUCCCAGG